AUGAAGGGAAUGGCCAAAGUAUCGAAAUCUCUUAAGCCACUAGAGUUUCGUCGCUCUGUAACAAAAGAAAAAAUUUCCACGCCAGUUGCUAUUCCAAACAAAGAAUCAGUACCAUCCAUUUUACCGCCCAAAAAAGUUAUUAAAGCAUUAUAUGAUUACGAAGCACAAGCACCCCAUGAACUUUCUUUUUCAAAAGGAGAUUUCUUUCAUGUUAUUGGAAAUGAGAAUGAUCCUAAUUGGUACGAAGCAUGUAAUCCAGCUACAAACGUACAAGGGUUUGCACCAGUUUCAUAUUUUCAAAUAUUAGAGAAAAGUAAUCGGAUGAGUGAAGAUAAAGGUUCAACCGCAAUAAUACAAGAUAUUAAUAAGCCUGGGACAAAACCACAACCAUUAUACGGUAUUGUUUUAUAUGAUUUUUUUGCUGAAAGACCAGAUGAAUUAGAUGCUAAAGCUGGUGAACCAAUUAUUGUAAUUGCACAAUCAAAUCAUGAAUGGUUUGUUGCAAAACCUAUCGGUCGUCUGGGAGGCCCUGGUCUUAUACCAGUGUCAUUUAUAGAAAUUAGAGAUCAUGCGACCGGUAAAGCAGUUGAGAAUGUACAAGAAUUAAUGGAUAAAUCAAUAGUUCCAAAAGUUGAGGAAUGGAAAAAAAUGACAAAAGACUAUCAGGCAAAUAGUAUUUCAUUAGGUCGUUUGGACUUUCCUAAACUUGCUCCAUACAAUAUGGAUAACAGUAACAGUGAUGAUGAUAACAAUAGAAAAUCUGAUUCUUCUUCAACUUUGCCAACUAGUCCUAUACGACAACGAGAAGAUACACCAUCAGUUUAUAGUAAUAGAAAAGAUAAUUAUGCUAAUGACGAAAUGGUUUCAGCUUCCAUCGAAUCAUUUCAUUUCGAUAAUGGAAAAUACUGGUUUUUAAUUCGUGUUGAGUUAAGUUCAAGGCGUUUUCGAAUUCUUUAUCGAAUCUAUGAAGAUUUUUAUGACUUUCAAAUUGCACUUUUAAAUAAAUAUCCCGAAGAAGCAGGACGUACAGGUAAAAAACGCAUAUUACCAUUUAUGCCUGGACCAUUAACAUAUGUAGAUGAUAGGAUUACACAACAGAGAAGAAAUGAUUUAGAUAUUUAUGUCAAAGAAUUGAUAACUUUACCACCAAAAAUUUUAAAAGACCCUUUGCUAGAUCAACUUUUUGGCAUAAAAAAGGGUGAUAUUGAAACAAGAAAUGAUCCUAGACAACCUGAUGCCGCUGUUGAUGUAAAGGGAGGUCCGCUUACAGAUGCAGAUAACUCACCAAUUGACCCAAUAGUACCAAUAUCUUCUUCAUCUUAUACGCACAACAACAGUGACUCUCAAACAUCAUUACCUCUCACUGCUAUAAAUUAUAAAUCAUUACAAUCACCUUCCAAACAUCACCAUAACAGCAACAGUAGUAGUCCUUCAGUUAGUGGCGGUGGUGGAGGUGGUCAACCUUUUAUCAAAUCAUCUCGUGUACAUGAUGAUAAUACAACCAAUUCAGCAUAUUCAAAUAUCAAUUUCGGUAUUAAUAAUACUAAUUCAUUAUCAUCAUCAACUUUAAUGAAAAUAAAAAUAUUAUAUAAAGAUGAUCUUAUUGCUAUCAGAGUACCGUCAAACAUCACCUAUGUUCAAUUAAGGGAAAAGUUAAAUGAAAGACUUGGUGAACACGUUAUGACUUUAACAUAUAAAGAUGAUAAUACUGGACAUGUUCAAAAACUUGAUGGUGAUGACGAUUUAAAUCAUGCAAUAGUAACUUGUCCAAAAUUAAUGAUUUUUGUUGAAUAG